UCCAGUCCCUUCACUUCCCAGCUGUGUGUGUGUAUGCUGCGUUACCCCGGGGGAUGGUCUGCCAUCUGACGCGAACAAGUUAAUCACAUUGAAAACGGGCAAUAGUUGGCGAUUUCAUAAAGAACAGCUAAACAAACAGAAAGCAAGAUGACGACGCGAUCGGAGAGAGAAAAGGCCCAGAAACUCAAUGAGCAGCAUCAGGCCAUACUGUCCAAAAUGCUAAGGGAGGAAGACAACAAAUACUGCGCCGAUUGUGAGGCUAAAGGACCACGAUGGGCCUCCUGGAACCUGGGCGUCUUCAUCUGUAUCCGGUGUGCUGGUAUCCACCGCAACCUGGGCGUCCACAUAUCCCGCGUCAAGUCCGUCAACCUGGACCAGUGGACCCCCGAGCAGAUCCAGAGUGUCCAGGACAUGGGCAACACCAGGGCCAGAGUGCAGUAUGAAGCCCACCUCCCAGAGAACUUCAGAAGGCCACAGACAGACCAAGCUGUGGAGUUCUUUAUCAGGGACAAGUACGAGAAGAAGAAAUACUACGACAAGAAUGCUGCUGUCAACGGAUCCAUUAAGGAAAGAGAGAAGAAGAAAGACGAGAGGAAGAGAGAAAAGGAAGCAGACAAAGGGAACAAGGCCUCGCCCCUCGAGAAGAAGCGUGAGGAUCUCCAGACAGAGUCCAAGGCCAGCCCCAAGAAGAGUGCUGAGCCGGCCAUCGACCUGCUGGGCCUGGAUGCUCCAGCCUCCUCCUCAGUGAGUGCCGUAGGGGCUGCAGGCAGCGCUGCUCCCAUUAGUGACGACCUGGACAUCUUCGGGCCCAUGGUGUCCAACCCCCUGCCCUCCACCACCAGCACAAACCAGGCCAGCUCCAGUAAAGCUCCAGGGGCCUCGGCGGCGGUGGCUGCCCCCAGCAGCAGUGCGUCCUCUGGGGCCGAUGCGGCCACGGCGCCGGCCUCCUCCUCCCAGGGGGAGCUGGAUCUCUUCAGCGAGGGGAGCGGUGGGGCCGGGGCCGGCAGCAAGGCGGAGGACUCGUCCAAGAAGACCCUGAGCAAGGACUCCAUCCUCUCCCUCUACGCCUCCAGCUCCGUCCCACAGCAGCCCACACAAGCCGCCAUGUUCAUGGGCGCCUCCCAGAUGCAGUUCCCCGUGCAGCAGCCAGGCGGCGCCGCCAACUUCCAGGCCUUCCCGGGCAUGGGCGGCGUUCCAGGCAUGCCCCCCACCACCAUGAUGGGCGCCGUGAUGGGUGCGCAGGGCGUGCCCGCCGCCACCGUGCCCGCCGGCAUGAUGGGUCAGAACCCCUCGGCCCCCGGCGGUAUGAUGGUGGGCAUGACCAUGCCCAACGGCUUCAUGGGCGGGGCGCAGGCCGCCGGCGUCAUGGGGCUGGCGCCGGGCAUGAUGGGAGCAGCGCAGGCGGGCCACGCCAUGCCGCCACAGCAGCACAUGUACGCCGCCGCCAUGCAGCCCGGACAGCAGCCCCAGUGGAACAUGGCACAGCAGCCCCAGUGGAGCAUGGAACAGCAGCAGCAGUGGAACAUGGUGGCACAGAUAGCCUUCAGUAGGGAUUUGGCCCGCGUGUCUCAGCCUCAAUCAGCUCUGAUGGGCGCUGGCCAAUCUGACGAAGCCUCCAAAGUGCCUUUGAAGCAGCGCUUCACAUCGCUCAAUAACCAGCCAGAGAUGGACUUCGAUGCUAAGCGUGACGAUCUCCAGACAGAGUCCAAGGCCAGCCCCAAGAAGAGUGCUGAGCCGGCCAUCGACCUGCUGGGCCUCGAGUGUCACGUGAUCCAACGGCAUGACCCGGUCACCAUAGCCACAGGCCACCUCGGUCACCUUGCGUUCACCUCACCGCCUCAUUUGGGCAAAGAUGCUCCAGCCUCCUCCUCAGUGAGUGCCGUAGGGGCUGCAGGCAGCGCUGCUCCCAUUAGUGACGACCUGGACAUCUUCGGGCCCAUGGUGUCCAACCCCCUGCCCUCCACCACCAGCACAAACCAGAACAGCUGGGGAUCUCUGACCCGGCCCGGCCUCCUGGUCCAAGGCCCAGUGAUGUGCAUGAGGGGCGGCGAGGCCGACUGGUCUCAGAUCAGCAGUUAG